UGUUUUUUUCUCGGUUUCCGGAAGAUCUUUGUAGCCUUCCUAAAAGAAAGAAAAUGGAAUCCUGAAAUCGCACUGAAGCUAAAACAGUCAGGCGCUUUCCGGAGAAUAUUAGAAGAACAUCUGGGUUGUGCGAUUACACUGCUACUAACACCACUGCACAGCAGCUGGAUCUUGUUAAAAAUUGGAGAACAUCCCUCGACCUCUCCCCCCUUCUGAAUCAAUGGAAGGGUCUGACAGUUUAGAGCAGAGUGGCAGUGACCAGCCAGAGUCACAGCGCAGAAGGCAGCUGGACCGUCUGGGCAGGGAGGAGGCCUUCUAUCAGUUUGUCAACAAUCUCAGUGAUGAGGACUAUCGUCUCAUGAGAGACAACAAUCUUUUGGGCACUCCAGGAGAAGUAACAGAGGAUGAGCUGUUUAGUAGACUUCAACAAAUCAAAGAUGGUCCAGAACAGCAGAAUAACAACCCCAGCACUGAAAGUGGUGAAGAACCAGUUGAACCACCAGAAAACUCUGAGGAUCCUGCCAGUGGGGAUAGUCUCUUGGACUGGCUGAACACAGUGAGGCGCACAGGCAACACAACCAGGACUGGUCAUCGAGGAAACCAGUCAUGGCGGGCCGUAAGCCAGACCAACCCAAACAGUGGCGAUUUCCGCUUCAGCCUGGAAAUCAGUGUGAACCGCAACCUGGCUGAACAGCAGGCUGCUGCUGAAGGGGAGCAGGAAGCUCCAGAAGAGGCUGCAGAAGAGACUCCAGAAGAAGCUCCAGCCGAGACUCCAGCCGAGGCUCAAGCAGAGGCUCCAGCAGAGACUCCAGCAGAGGCUCCACAAGAGGUUUCAGAUGAGGCUCUAGUCGAGGCUCCAGUCGAGGCUCCAGUGGAGGCUCUACAACAGGCUCCAGUGGAGGCUCUACAACAGGCUCCAGUGGAGGCUCUACAACAGGCUCCAGUGGAGGCUCUACAACAGGCUCCAGAGGAGGCUCUACAACAGGCUCCAGAGGAGGCUCUACAACAGGCUCCAGAGGAGGCUCUACAACAGGCUCCAGAGGAGGCUCUACAACAGGCUCCAGAGGUGACCCUAGAAGAGGCUCCAGAGGAGGCUUCAGAGAGUCAAGAAAUGGGGGAAAAUGCUGAACCACCGGUCCCCAUGGAAACAGAGGUGGUGGAAGAGCCAGUUGUAGAAGAGUUGGCUGUCAUAGUGGAACCAGAGCCUGAACUAGAAGAGGUUGUUUCACAAGAGAUUUUAGAAGAACCUCCCAGCUCACCUGUUGCCCUGCCGGUGCAACCCCCGCUUUCUCCUUCUCCACGCAGAGGGCAAAGAAGAGCUCGCAGCCGCAGUCCAGAACCACGCAGGACUAGGGCCCGUACAGCCAGGAGCCGCUCCCCUCUCAACUUGGAUCAGCUGGAUGGUCUUCCUAAUCCACGUCAUGCUCACAGCUCUCAAGGCCCCCACUCUGCCACGAAUGUCCCCCCUGUGCCUCAAGUGGAGGGCAGUUCACGGACUCGACAACACGUUCUUUCCAGGCAAAGCACUGCUGACAGUGACGUUCAGCCAUCUAGGGGUGGUGCAGAACCGGUCCCAGAGGCCCAAAACAUCGCAUCUCAGGAAGGAGAAGCUGCUGGGGGGGAAGGGGGUGCAGCAGGGCGCCGUCCCCCUACUAUUAUGCUAGAUCUACAGGUGCGUCGUGUGCGUCCAGGCGAAUAUCGCCAAAGAGACAGCAUUGCUAGUCGUACCCGCUCGCGCUCCCAGAACUCAAACAACACAUUUCUUUAUGAGAGUGAGCGUGGUGGAUUUCGUAGGACUUUCUCACGCUCUGAGCGUGCUGGUGUGAGGACCUACGUCAGCACAAUCCGCAUCCCUAUCCGUAGAAUCUCUGAUGCAGGUUUGGGAGAAGCAACUUCAAUGGCUCUCCAAUCUAUGAUUCGGCAGAUUAUGACGGGUUUUGGUGAACUCGGCUACCUCAUGGAUUCAGACUCUGAUUCGUCAGAUUCAACCCGUGGAGCCAACACACCUGGGGAUCUAGCUGAAACCCUCAACAACCCAGAUACUACUCCUGCUGCUGCUCCUACUGCUGAUGUUGAUGAACCACCUGUGGCAGCUGGAGUCAGAGCAAGGACAGCUGAGACUGAUGUGGAUGAGGGCCUUACCACUGGUCCACCUGCCUCUGGUGGCAGGGCUCGGCCUAGACCAUCUAUUAGCCUUGAGGAGCCUAGCUCACUGCCCUUCCUGCGGCUUGCCCACUUCUUCCUCCUAAAUGAUGAUGACGAGGACCAGCCCCAAGGGCUGACCAAAGAGCAGAUUGAUAACCUUUCCAUGCGCAACUUUGGUGAGAGUGAUGCCUUGAAGACUUGCAGUGUCUGCAUAACAGAGUAUGCAGAAGGUAACAAGCUACGUAAGCUGCCCUGUUCUCAUGAGUACCAUGUGCACUGCAUCGAUCGCUGGCUGUCUGAAAACUCCACUUGCCCCAUCUGCCGCAGGGCUGUCUUGGUAUCGGCCAACCGAGAGAGUGUGGUUUAGCUCAUUAAAAAAAAAUGCAGGUCUUUUGUCUCAACCUAAGUAAUCUAAUAUCCCAAGUCCGAAAGAGGCUUUGAGGAAAAUGUGGCUCCACUCUUCAUCUUCAUACCAUUUGUGAGUUUGAUCAUAUUGCAGUCACAGGUUUGAUUUGGGGUGCUCCAUAUGGUGACAUUGGGACAUAGUCAAUCUUCAGUAAGACAUUAUUGCAGUCCAAAGCUAGGCACAAGCAAAGCAUGCUGUUUGAAUCAACCUGUUGUGACCAAGCAGUUUUUUGCAUUGCAUCAAGCCGUGCUCACAAGCAGACUUCUAUCUCAUAAAGAAUCCCCUGGUUAUAAAUGCUGCACACCUGCAGGUAGUUCAGGCACAUGUGCUCUUUUGUAUUAGCUCCUAAAUGGCGCCUUAUGUACCAGAAGAUGGGUAUUGGGACAGUUCUUAGUUAAACCAGUUCAAAGUAUUAGUUGUAAAUAAGCUUGUAAAAAUAAUUUUGAAUCAUACUUUGUAUCAGUGAAUUGGUUUUGGAUUGUAAAUUAUCUCAUAUGAAGAUUAGAGUGGUGUUGGCCACAAUUACUCUAUCAGAGCAUCCCUAAAUAGGUUGUGUUGGUGUACACAGCAGAGUUAUUGCUAGAUUGUGGUGUCCAAAGGAUGUAGGACAUUAAUUGGUUUUCCAUUUCCAGUGUGACUUGUACUCUCCCUUUUUUUGUUCACCUGAAAGAAACAAACUACUAUUUUGAAGUGGCGGCAUAUACCAUGAAAAUUCUGUGUGUGCUAAAUUGUUUUAAAAAAACAGAAUGUUGUACAGGUAUAAGGGAAAGAUAAAUCCAACAAGGUUAAGUUUAUUUUGGAAUCAUAAAGCAUCUUUAUUUUCUUGAUCAUUAAAAAUGAUUGAGUGGUAUUCAUACCAGAAAUUAGGGAUGUCUCAAUAUUGGUAGUAGAUAUUGGGUUGAUAUCAAGUACUUGGCAUGUGAAUUUCCCCACCUCAAAAAUACUAUACUAACAGGCAUGACAUGUCAAAAAAGUUGAAUAUAGUUGCAUUUGUUUUUUUUCCCACAUGUAAAAUGUCAUUUACGUUUUAAUGUACAACAAUGAUUUCACAAUUACUUUGUCCUGUCAUCCAUAAGCUUACUGGUCUUACUCUUUAUUUUUCCACAAACUCAUUGGGUUGUCUUUAAUUACUGACUGAUGAAUUACGUUCUAUUAGCUAGUAUUGCAUAGAAUGAAAUGACCGGAAAUUGACCUAAAAUGAAAUGUAGACUUGUCUUCUAAAGAUCUCUUUACCUGUAGGUACACCUCAAUGUACAAGUGGCAACUUAAGUUAUUAAUCCAAAGGUUUGGGUGUCAGACAUUUACAAAGUCUGAGAAAAAAAAAUUCACAUCAUUGUCCUUCUGUCUUACUAAGGCUCCAGUAGAAAGUCAAGAUACUCGCCCUCUGUACCCUGCUGCCUCAUGAGCAGAUGCUCCAUAUCAGUGUGCAAUACAUGCUAAAGUGAAAGUAGGGAAAUACAAACCAUGAUAUAAAUGUAUGCUGUUGUUAAAAAAAACUGUUGUUAAUGGCUAAAAUCUUAAAUGAAGACUUAUUACCUUUUUAAAAAUGUGUUGAAGUUCAUUUUAUUUUAUUUAGAAGUUCUGUAGGUUUUAAUAGCACUGUUGAUGAACAAAAACACUGGCAAAGGAAGAAAAAGGGCAUCACUAUCAAUGCCAUCCUGUCAUGUGUCUUGUUUCACUUUUUGAUGUCUUUGCCACAAUUAUUACUUCCCUUUGUGGGACAUAAAGGUUUGAAUGCAAGACGUUGUCAUUGUUAAAUACCAUAAACAUGUAAAUGAAAUGUAUGUUCCCCUCUCUUAGGCCAUGCUUUAGUUUUGGCCUUGUUCUGUGACCCACCCAGUGCAGUAUGUUAACUGGGUGUUUAAUGAAACUAACCGCUGAAUUAAACAAGUUGUUAUGCUUCAAAAUGCAUUGCAGGUAUGCAUUCUGUACAGUCCCUGUGCUUUUGGGUACUCUUAUUCUGCAUUCAGGUGCACACAUUAGUAAUCACUUAUACCUUAUAUAUUAAACAUUACAAAUAUA